CGCACCGUGAGACUUCAAGCAACAAUGAAGCGACGGGAAACAACGAUUAUGAGACAAGGCCUUAAUUAGAAUGAUCGCGAAGUGAACAUUAUUACUUCUAAUCAUUAUAUUGAGGGCUUGUAGUGUGGUGAUACAUUUCCUAAGAACUGAAUCUGAAAUUCGGCUUUAGUUUAAACCCUCAGUCCCAAAUACUUAAUGACUUUGAUACGCAUUGAACAUUGUCGCUUGUCGGUUUGUUCGCUUGUAAAUUAGAAAGUGGAUAUUUUUUCGUAAAUAUACAUAUAUAUAUAUAUCAACAUAUAGACAUAUAUAAACGUAUAUACCACAUAGAUUCCGUAUGAAACACAUCAGUGUUGCAACUUACGAUUUUUUUUUCCGCACGUGAAAAGUAGUAUAUAUCGAUUUAUACCAAUAUAAAAACAAAUAUUUAUUCCCCCCCCCCCCGAGAAACAAUGGAUAUGAAACAAGUUUUCUAUUUUUCUUAAAAUUAAUAACAAAUUUACAUAUCUGUUUAUUUAUAUAUAUAUGUAAAAACAGCAACAACAUUUAUUUAUAAUUUCUUUUCAAAGGAUAUUUAAAACGAAAGGAUAAUAGACGAUGCAUUUCGACGACGUAUUAAGAAAACUCGGGCAAUUCGGACGAUAUCAGAAGCUGCAGUUUCUCCUCAUCUGUUUCCCAGUAAUGAUAUCAUCAUGGGUUCUCUUCAGUAUGGUCUUCGUGAUUACCGAUCAGCAAUUCUACUGCAAUGCCCCACCAUCCAACGACACGUUUUUAUUAAAUCGUAACAUAAGCCACAGAUCUUACGCCCGAUUGGUCACUAAGGCAAGUAAUAAAUGCAGCCAGUACCUGUCGUCCGAUGUGGACCAAUAUCUCAAUGAUCACGACUACAAUAUAUCCGACAAAAUGUUAGCCAACUCAAAUCUCAGUACUAUCGAUUGCAGCUAUGGGUACAUCUAUGAAGAUCCAAAUCCACGGGAUACAAUAAUUACAGAGUUCAAUUUGGUUUGUGAUAAACGGAAGUUUGUCAGUAAUAUUAAAGCAGUCUUUUUGGGUGGCCGGAUCUUUGGCUGUGCUCUCUUUGGCCAGCUUUCUGACAGAUUUGGACGUAGAUUUGGAUUUUUCAUGUCCCUCUUCUGUGUUCUGGUCACCGGUUGCUUAGUGUCCUUAUCACAUAAUGUAUGGAUGUUCAUUGUAUUAUAUUUCCUCCAAGGUGUCUCUCAAGCUGGCAUCUAUGCCUGUGGAUUCAUCAUAGUAAUGGAAAUUAUUGGACCGAAGUACCGAAUGAUGUUUGGUUUCAUUCUUCACUGUGUGUUCAGCGUGGCAGCAAUACUUUUAGCUGCUCUCAGCUAUUUUGUACGUGACUGGCACCAUCUUGUUCUGAUUAUCAGUUUGAUCUGUCUCCUCUUCAUACCAUAUUGGUGGUUUCUUCCUGAAUCUGUCCGUUGGUUGAUGACCAGAAAAAAAUUCCUCCAGGUUAACCGCAUCAUCAAGCGGAUUGCUAAAUUAAACAAAUGUGCCCUUCCAGAAGAGUUCACCACCAAAAUAAAAGAAUCUGAUGUUGAAAGCACCAAAACAUAUACCAUUCUUCAUCUCCUAAAUACAUGGACGAUGUCCAAGACUUCACUGAAUAUUUGGUUUGCUUGGCUUGUCAAUGGUUUGCUCUAUUAUGGAUUGUCAAUAAACUCUGUGAAUUUUGCUGGCAAUAUUUAUUUGAACUUCAGUUUGUCUGCUCUUGUGGAAAUACCAGCUUACCUCUUGUGCAUCCCCAUGUUAUCAAAACUGGGAAGGAAGAGGAUUCUCUGUUUCUUCAUGUUCCUCGGUGGCGUCACAUGCAUAGCCAGCAGUCUUAUGCCUCCAUAUCUUCAUUGGUUGAAGCAAACUCUGGCAACUAUAGGAAAGUUUGGUUCCACAGCAGCUUUCGGUAUUGUGUAUAUUUACAGCGCUGAAUUAUUCCCAACCACUGUAAGAAACAUUGCACUCGGAACAGCAAGUAUAUUUGCCAGUAUUGGUGGAGCAAUUUCUCCUUAUAUUCUAGAAUUUCCAGGACCUUGGCCUUUGAUUGUUCUUGGUCUUUUGUCAAUAUCAUCAGGAGCUUUGAGUCUUUUACUUUACGAGACCAAAGGCAAAGCAAUGCCUGAUACCAUAAAUGAAAGUACAAAAUAUAUAAGAUCUGAACCUUGUAAAGAGGAAGGUGUUAAAAUGAUAUCCAAGAAAAAUGAGAAACCCAAUUCUUCUUCAGACGAACAAUUGUCCAAAUCUUCAAAGGUUUGUGGCAAGUCUUUAUCUUUUGUUUCUGGCAAGAAUAGCAACACUUUAUCUGAUAAAGAUAUUACAAAGCUUAUAGAACAAUGUGGUACAUUUGGACCCUACCAGCGCUGGCUGUACACUUAUAUUAUUAUUAUAGGCACUUUGACAAUAAUGCCAGCUAUGAAUUUAGCUUUUAUCAGUGCAAAUGUUCCCUUCUUAUGCUACCCUCCGAACUUUAAUGCUUCGUUAAUUCCUGAAAAUCUUACAGAGAAUGAAUAUUUACAAAUGCUUCAACCUGACGACAAUGAUCAAUGUUCUGUAUAUAACAAUAGUUUCACUGGAACAUUUUAUACAACACCACCAAGUAAUUCAUCUAAACUACAGUGUUCUUACGGACGGAAAUUUCUGACGGAGGAGUUUUCUACAAUUGUAAGCGAGUUUGAUUUGGUGUGCGAAAGAAAAUGGUUAAGAUCCACUUUGCAGUCCGUUUAUUUCGCUGGUUGUCUUUUUGGAGCAGUUAUAUUUGGUUUUUUAUCAGACAGAUUUGGCCGAAUACCCAUAUUUUUCUUGGCAAACACCUUUAUAGUCAUCUGUGGAAUUGGAAAAAUUUUCGUACCAUCGUUGAUAAUUCUUAUGACGCUGCACUGUAUUCAAGCUAGUGGUUACACGGGAAAUACAAUUACCUUAUAUUCACUGACUUUGGAAUUUACUUCCUCAAAACUACGUACCCGUAUUAGUUUUGGAUAUAUGUGUCUCUAUCCAGUAGCAGCAACAUUUGUAACAGUGCUGGUGUAUUGUAUCCCUGACUGGCAUCUCUUAGAAUUGACAGUGUGUAUUCUGCCUACAAUCAGUUUUUUCAUUUGGAUAUUUCUCCCCGAAUCUCCAAGAUGGCUGAUUGGAAGAAAACGUUUUACAGAAGCGAAAGCAGUUUUUCGAAAAAUAAUGAAGAAAAAUAAAAAACAAUGUCAGGAUUUAUUAAAAGGUUUUCCAAAUAAGGAGGAGGAAUCUUCAUUCAAGAACAGUUUUCAAGAAAUUAUACCCGAGAAGAAAGUUUUAUCUCAAAAGAAUUAUACUUUUAUUGAUUUAUUUAAAACACCGCGGCUUGCAUUAACCACAGUGAAUGUUUCUUUUAGCUGGUUGGUCAUCAGUAUGAUAUAUUAUGGAGUGACCCUUAAUUCCGUGGACAUGGCUGGAAACCGCUAUAUAAACUUCCUGUUGUUGGCAUUCGUGGAAUUUCCUUCUCAUUUAUCUUCUUACUGCUUGUUUAAACGUUUUGACCACCGGAGGCCUAUCAGCUUCUUUAUGAUGUUCAGUGGAUUAAAUUGCAUCGUGUCAAAUUUUGUGACCAAAGGUUCAUUCUGGCUUCCUCUGAUCCUGGUCCUUCUCGGAAAGUUUGGAAUCGCCUCGGCAUAUGGUUCGAUUUAUCUCUUAUCAGCAGAAUUAUUUCCAACAGUUGUUCGAGCUAACGGAUUAGGUUUAGCUUCCUUUUCUGCCCGUAUCGGUGGUAUAAGCGGACCCUUUAUACUUCAACUAUCAUCCUAUGUCAAAUGGCUUCCUCUAAGUAUCUUCGGCCUUUUGUCAGUGAUAGCGGGAUUACUGUUGCUGUUAUUACCAGAAACGAAAAAUAGAGAUUUACCGCAAACAUUUGAAGAUUUGGAAAACUGGAGGAGCUGAUAUUGUGGUAAAACAAGAAACUUUCACGAUGCAAAUAAACGUAGAAUGCAUCCGACGACAAAAUGUAUCGGAGAAUUUCAGUUUCAAAAUUCGUCUGCCCUUGAUAUUCUACGAUUAAAAAUUUUGAAGACAAACUCGAUUGAUUCAUUUUUAAUUUGAAACUCGCGUUUGAACGUUCCACAUACUGACUUUUGCUCACGUGAUACAAUAUAACGCAAUAAGGGAAUCAACUACAUUUUACUUGAUGGCAAUAUAUCUGAAAAGUGAGCUUCGAAACUACAUAUUAUAAUGGUAUUCGUCUAUCAUUUAGCGUAUCUGGUACCUAAACAUUAAUGUGUUUAUAUAAUUCAUACCACGAUGGUGCCAUAUAUAAAAAAAAACAAAAGCAAUAUCUUUUCUUUUAGUUCAACUUUUAAUUCAUUUUUCAUUUUCUCUCGUAUUAUCACAUCGACACACCAUGAAACCUGUCUGCUCUACAUUUAUAAAAUAUUUUCUUUUCUGGGAGUUUAAGAACACAUGUUGAAAUUCUAGAAUGUGAAGUUUUAAAUAUACCGUACUAUGUAACUCUUGCUUGUUCCUGUUUUUUUCCAUUCAUUUAUUCAUUGGUACUACACUCUGUACUGACUGACCAAAUGGAUUACUAUAAAGCAUAUAGUAUAUUGAAUGCUAACGAUGAUUGUUACUAUCACUAUGGCUAAACGAGAUCGUAAUAUAUAAUAUAAUAUAAUAUAAUAUAAUAUAAUAUAAUACAAGUGGCAUUUUCCUUGUUUCUGUCUCUCUUGUUCACUCGAACAAGAGAGACAGAAACAAGCAGUGACAAGGAAAAUGCCCCUUGUAUUUGAACACUAUGCAAAUAUUCUUUUAAAAAAACUUUUCUUUUAAUUUCUCCAAAAUUUAAUUGUUUUCCAUACUUACAGUUGAAAAAGUCUCAAUGACUGAAACCGGUACUGAAAUGUUGUUUUAUAAAAUUAUUUUACCAUUUUC